AUGCAUUCAAAUUCACAAAUAGCUUUCUAUAUUCUGUUACUUUUCGCUUUUGGCUUGGAUUUAUGCAUUGGUUCGCUUUUUUACCCGGACAGCAGUGCUUAUGGCAUAUUUGCAGCUAUUGCUGUACCUUUGGAAUUGUCGCCGCGUAACGUAUUUGUGUCGUACAACUUUGAGGCAAAUUACAAUAUGCCUGCGAUUUGGGGCAUACCACCAAUAUAUCAAGGGGACAAUGCAAAUGAACACUUUGAGGCGGGCCGCAAAAUAGUCUGCGAUACGAACUGCUCAUUGGAUGAGAAAGUAUCCCUGGAUCGCAAAGAGAUGAUUCCGAAACGCAGAAGUCGAUCACUGAUCACACGUACGAACGUUUAUCAAAUAAUAAACGAUAAAUUAAAAAGAAGUGGUUUUCAUGGGGAGUCGUGCUUGCUGCGCUUGAUCUGCGAGACUAGUGCCACGGAGAUUGGCGAGAUCAAUGGCGUUCUGGGCAGUCUGAUACAUGUCAUUUUCAGUCCCAGCACAUCGGAGGCAGAAGAACUGCCCCUGCGAUACUACCAGGCCGAGCACGAUGGCUGGCACGACCAGUGCCAUCACUACGAAGCAGCAUGUAAAGAGAACUUUUUGGACUUGAUCUCACAGCCAUUUGGUGAAAUUGUUAACCUAAUCGAAAGUAAUGACAUACUAUAA